AUGGUCAACUGGCGCGACGGCAGUGGCCAAGGAACUCUGGUACGAAAGUCCAGGGACUACUCGGUGCGAUGGGGACUGUUCAGCUGCGCCAGGCACAGACGACGAGCAGCACGGCAGGAGCCGACAAACGACAAAAACAGGGGAAAGAGCACUGGCAGAGACGAGGGUGAUGAUGAGAGAAGGACGAGAGCCGAAUUGCAGCCUUGUGACGCCAAGGAGUCGCCAAGGAGUCGCCCAGCAGAGGAGAGGAAGGGGCAGCGGGUUGCGGGUUGCGAGGCAGGCAGAGCCGGCGAGGGCUUUGGCGAGCUUUGCGAAGCAGCACGAAGCGAACAAAGAGAAGGUUGGACCUACCGAUACGAACUCACGGCCAGGACGAUGCGAAUUGGGCGAGCUGUCGUGGCGCAAGAGGCCAAGAUGUCAACUGUGAUUCCUGUCGGCGGCUUGCGAAAGAUGUCGGAGGUGGCUCAGGAGCAAGCACAAAGAAAACGGGAGGCUUUUUGGUGGAUGAUGUACGUCAGGACCGGCACGGAGGGCUGUGGAGCACGGCGCGAAGCUGACGGCACGAGUCUGAGCUGUUGCACAGGCUCACGACAAGGGAGAGAAAAAAGGCUAUGCAGCGGCUCCAAAGGAAAAGAGCAGAAUGGUGUGCAGAGUAAACCGACAAAUUCAAUCUCGUGA